AUGUAUCAACUCACGAAUCCCAGCGACAUCUUCUCAGUUCUCCUGAUCCUUGGCGGCGACGUCGUUUGGCGGGCGAUCGCGCAGCUGGCGGGACCGCCAGUCACUCCGAUCGCUUUUCCUUUCGGGUGGGUUGCCUACGUCGUAUCGGCCCUUCUGACCGCCAUUGGCGAAAAUAACUUCAUGCCAGCACUGGAAAAUCCAUGUAAGGUGAUCAAUAGGCGCACAGGCUACGUCCGCGAAAACAACAGUUUCAUCCUUGGUCGUAUCAUGCGAGAUCUCGAGGUCUGGAUGGACAACCGAAUCAAAGAGCAUAUGCGACGUAUGCUCGAGCAGCGAUGGGAGAUAUCCAGACAUGACAGGGAGAGGCCUGCCCAGCGUGGAUCCGGCGAAGCUGUGCGAAAGCCUGUCCGUGGCGGUCUCUGUGUUUCGAUCUACCACGCUGGUCAAGCGCAAUCCGGCCACCCAGGGCAUGACUGGCUUUAUUUCCUUGGGUUUGCUACUGCGUUACUGCAACUAGGCAUCGCGGCGAUUCCCUGUGGGCUAGAUGGCGAUUGGAGCAUUCUUGUGGUCACAGCAGCUGGAAUUAUUCUUUCAUUUACUGCAGCAAGUCUCCGACAGUGGCCGAAAGAGAAAUGGGCGUGUCGCCACAAUUCCACAAAGACGGUGAUCCUUACCAAAGGAAACGGCAGUCAACAUGCGAUUGUCAUAAUUGGGGAUAACAAAGGCUUGGAUAUCGAACACCUGGCAACCGGACCUAGUGCGACGGAUGUUUCGAUCCCCUUCAGUGUCACCAAGAUUGCUCUUUUGAUUAUAGCUUUUCUUUGGGUAGCUCUGCUGGUUGUUGCUGCCGGUGUCAAGCAGCAUUCCUGGUUUCUACUUGCUAUUGGAGCGAUUGGAAUCCUAGAGGAUAUUUUCGUUGCAGGAUCACCCCGACACCCCGCCGCGUUUGGGAUGCCCCUUAACUUUGAGAAUGUGAUUGGUGAGGCGAAAGUCAUGAACACUCUAUUCGCGGUGGAGCAGGCAUAUUCGCGAGUAGGCAGGAGCAUGUUAGAUACCUUCUUUCCGGGGAAGCUACGGCCGAAAGAGCGGGAGAGAUGUGAUGAGUCUGAAAGGCUAGCGGACGCCAUGGAUCAGUCUCUGGCAGACCAAAAUGAUUCUCGGCCCAUGCAUGCAUAG